UGUGAGAAAUACCGGAAAGAUGGGGAAAGGGGGACAUCAACCUGCUCAUGUUUCAACUAAAAAUUACGGUGUUUUUACGGAAGAUGAAAUAAGAAAUCACAAUAAACCAGAUGAUAAAUGGCUUCAGAUAGAUGGUAAAGUUUAUGACAUUACAGAAUGGGCGAAACGUCAUCCAGGAGGUGCCAAAAUUAUCAGUCAUUUUUCAGGACAGGACGCUACGGAUGCUUGGGUAGCGUUUCACGAUGAUAAAAAACUUGUUUCAAAAUAUCUUACACCACUGCUGAUUGGAGAAGUUAAAAAUCCCAUAGAGACAGAAUUAGAUAAAGAUUAUCGUGAACUACGAGAGAAAAUAGAAUCUAUGGGAAUGUUCCGUGUUAAUCCCUGGUUUUAUAUUGCUCAAUUCAUCAGUAUUUUUUCAUUUGAGAUUUUAUCGGUCUGGGUAUUCUGGUAUUACGGAGUUAACUGGAAAACGUUUCUACUAUCUGGUGCAUUCAUGGCCACGGCUCAGGCACAGUGGGGUUGGACACAACAUGAUUAUGGUCAUCUGUCAGUAUUUAAGAGCCGUAAAGUAAACCACUGGUUUCAUCAUUUUACAAUUGGUAUCAUGAAGGCAACAUCAUCUCAUUGGUGGAAUUUCCGUCAUUUUCAACAUCAUGCGAAACCCAACAUUAUUAAGAAAGAUCCUGACGUACAGAUGGCGUAUCUAUUUUUAAUGGGGGACAAGAUGCCAGUAGAAUGGGGAAAGAAAAAGCGUGGCAACAUGCCGUAUCAAUUACAGCAUCAGUAUUUCUUUCUUAUCGGACCUCCGCUACUGCUACCUCUGUACUUCCAUUUUGAAAAUUUAUAUUUUGUAAUCAAACGUCGUGAUUGGUGGGAUUUGUUAUGGACAAUGGUAUUUUUUUAUCGAAUACAUUUAAUGUUUACCUGGUUGCUUGGGGGAUGGCUCACCUUUGGUUACUAUAUGUUUGCCAGGUUUUUAGAGAGUCAUUGGUUUGUUUGGGUAACACAAAUGAGUCAUAUACCCAAUGAGAUAGAUCGAGACCAGAAUAAAGAUUGGUUUAACAUGCAGCUAGCAUCAACAUCCAAUGUUGAAGCUGGAUUAUUUAAUAAUUGGUUCACGGGACAUCUCAACUUCCAGAUAGAACAUCAUUUAUUUCCCACGAUGCCUCGACAUAACUAUGAAAAGGUUCAACCAUUAGUUAAAUCUUUAGCUAAGAAACAUGGUAUAACUUACCUGGAUAAGUCGUUGUUUACUUCAUUCGCUGAUGUUACCAGAUCAUUACGGAAGUCUGGUAGAUUAUGGUAUGAUGCUUAUUAUGACCUGUAGAGGGCACCAGCUACAAUUACCAUGACAACAGACUAGGGAGAGUCUGUUUUUAGCAUAACAACAGACCAGGAAGAGUCUAUUUUUAGCAUAACAACAGACCAGGGAGAGUCUAUUUUUAGCAUAAUAACGUCAGUCAAUCUAUCUGCAAGUCGGUUGGGGAGAUUGGCCGCUUGGGGAAGACACCCUAGUCAGGUUUGCGGUGGUCGUUCGGUUCAGGAGGUCUUAAAUUCUCACACGUUGAGUUGGACACCAGUCUCCAUCAUCCUAGUUAAAAACUAGAUAAUGUAAAGGGAAUUUGUUAAAUUUCAGUCAAAUUGAUCCACUCUGAACCGAUUAUCCAUUUGUUGAUUCAAAUCCAGUAAAUAUCGCAGCCUAGCGAUGGCAUCAAGAGUUGAUUAUAGUCUGGAUAAUUUAAUUUAUGUCUAAUUAAUUAUUUAGAUAACAUUUCAGGCCGAAAGAAGAGACCUGCAAUUGGUAGAUUUAGCUCUCGCAUAAUGUAUGUUUAACCCAGAAUUUUCAAUAGAUGAAUUUUCCAUAUAAAAACGACCAUCCCAUCCCCCACCCAAGUCUGAACCACUCCGCAACCCAGUCUGAUCCCCUCCCCAGCCUGAUUCCCUCCCCAAACGGUCUGACCUCCCCAACUGACAUGCCAGUAUGCAACACCAACUGACAAGAAGCUAUUCUGUGAUGAUUUUAUUUAUAUACAUGUAUCACUCAUUAAAAAAAACAUCUUAAUAUAUAAACAAUGUAUGGUGAUCACCAUCUCAGUAUAUAAACAAUGUAUGGUGAUCACCACCUCAGUAUAUAAACAAUGUUUGGUGAUCACCAUCUCAGUAUAUAAACAAUGUAUGAUGAUCACCAUCUCAAUAUAUAAACAAUGUAUGGUGAUCACCAUCUCAAUAUAUAAACAAUGUAUGGUGAUCACCAUCUCAGUAUAUAAACAAUGUAUGGUGAUCACCAUCUCAAUGUAUGGUGAUCACCAUCUCAAUAUAUAAACAAUAUAUGGUGAUCACCAUCUCAAUAUAUAAACAAUGUAUGUGUAUGGUGAUCACCAUCUCAAUAUAUAAGAAUGGUGAUGCUUAUGAAUAACCAUAGACUUGCCUGGUCAUAUAUUGUCCAUAAAUAUGAAACUAUUGUCAAUUAGAGAUUCAAUUUUAGGCUAGCCUUGAUCAUCAUUACUACCAUUGGUAUGAUAAUAAACAAAGUCUCGAUUUUCCAUUUUUAUGUUAAAUAAUCCAUCACAAAACGAAUUCAAAUCCAGUAAAUAUCACUGGCUAGCGAUAACAUCAAGAGUUGAUUAUGGUUUGGAUAAGUUAAUUAAUGUCUAAUUAGUAAUUUAGAUAACAUUUCAGGCCGAAAGAAAGAUCCAAAUAGGCAGAUUUAGCUUCUGUAUAAUGUAUAUUUAAUGUAUAUAUUUAAGAAAUCUUUGAGAUGAUGUUUAAACUUGUCAUAUACUUUAAGAUAAGCAAAAUAUAUCUAAAAUUUGACCAACUGGCAGAAUUUUGAAGUAAAAGCCCUGAGUUGGAGAUUUUUCUACUUAAAUAGGAGAGGCUAAAAUAUAUAUAUGUGCCAUGUUUUUUAUAAUUUACUACAUCUUGAACAUAUCCAUUCAUUAGUUGCCAUGUUUCAACUCCAAAAUUUGGUUAUAAAUCCUUUUGUUAUAAUAUAACGCAGCAAUUUUAUGGGACAGUGGCGGUCGCGGGUGUUGGCCAAGAAAGUUGAUUGGGAUUUUCUGGCGUGGUUUCCCCUUGUAAAUGGUUUAAGACAGAGGGCCUUACAUGGAUAGCUGUCUAAUGGUUCGGAUUGUAUGAAAAACCGAGGUCCCGUGUACACAUUGGCAUGCACGUAAAAAACCCUUGGCUAUUGGAAUUUGAUGUAACAGGAAGGCCGUAGUGCCACUGCCUGGGCAAACGUUCCCUCAUAGUACACUGCAUGGCGUAUGCCCAUCUUCAUUAGCGGUGUUGGAGGGUGUUAAAUUUCCAGCUCACUUGUAGAUGGUUUAAAGAUGAUUUAAACUGGAGGAUAUUGGAUGAUAUCAUUGCUGUCAUGUAAAACAGACUGGACGAUAUUGGAUGAUAUCAUUGCUGUAGUUUUUGAAUGGAUAUAAGCAGAUGGGGAUAUUGGUUAUAUUUACAGUUGUUUCUGAAUAUUUUAUUGUAUAUAUUUUACUGAAGGUUGACACAAGACUUUUUAAAACCUCCAUUCCAUGCACUGUAAUUAAUAACUCUUGGCCCAUUGCACCAGUAUUAUAAGAGUGAUAUAAAUUUAUGUCCAGUACUCGCUCACAGAGCCUUAUUGUAGGUACAGUUAACCAGUGGUCAAACAAGCCAUGUUGUUAACCUGGGGCCUAUUUAACGAAAUUUUAACUAAGAUAAAAUCCAAAUUUUAGUAGGUACAGUUAACCAGUGCUCAAAUGAGCCAUAUUGUAGGUAAAGUUAAUAAGUUGCAGUGUAACUAUAUUUAUUGCUCGAUUGGUCUGAUUUCUACUUUUAUUUUAAUUUGUUUGACAUAUAUUAUAUUUAUGUGUGUGAGUGCUCUUUAAUUUAAAGGGCCAUAAGAAUGUUGUUAUAUUAUAUUUCAAUAUAUAGACAUAAUGUCAUCGGUUGCAUUUUGUUAAAAGUCCUAUUUUUAUUUUUAAGCUAAUUUUCAUUUAACUUUCAGAAUAUAAAAGUAACCUUAUUGUACUGUUUAUAAUAAUAAUAAUAAUGACUUUUAUUUUCUGAGGGAACAUAUUUAGUACAUGAGUUCUAAUUUUCAACAUGUCCCUCCUACUCUAUAAAACUAGCAACUACACCAGUAAUAAUAUUUAGUAAGUGCAUAUAUAUCAUAUUAUAUAAGCUUAUAAUAAAGAAAUAUCAAACAAACAAACAACAAAGAAAGGAAAAAAAAGGGCAAAUAAACAUACAUUCAGAGAACGACUGUUCCUUAAGAUUUAUUUUAGCAUCUUUUUUUUAAUAUUUAUAUUAACAAUUGGCCUUUUUUGUCAAAUACUUAAAUUAAAAGAUUUUAAGAAUUCAGCAUUGUGAUAGGCUGAAAAUUAAAAUCCUGGUCGAAAAUUUUAGCUUUUAGCAAAUGAAACGGAAGCUUUCUUAGAAUGUUAUAAGACUUUAUGAAUAAAGCGCCAGGAUAUUUGUGUAUUUGAAAGUAAAUAUAGGACUUAAAUUUAAUGAUCACCUUGUUUAAAACAUCACUAUUUUAUCUUCUACUGUAGCUGAGUUAGGGCCUGGUUACAUGGAAUGCGCUAGUCCUGAUAUGUGGGUCAGUCCUGAUACCCCAGCCUGCACACUGAACCGUUUAUAUUAAAUCAAGAUGAAGGGUCAUCCCAUUUUUUUGUUUAUAUGAAAAGGCUAGCAGCCCGUGUAAGAAAGAGAGGGAGAGAAAUGGGGUUUAACGUCCACUCGACACAAACUAGGUCAUUUCGGGACUAACAUAAAUAUGGUUUAAUUUUAUUUCAGUAAUUCCCUUGCGCGUAGGGGUCUUUACCAGUGGGAGGAAACCAGAGGACCCGGAGAAAACCCACGAGGUUGGACAGGCGACCCUAUUCCUUGUCACGUACAACCGAGGGGUCCGAAACCAUGCCAGUUGACUCAAUGACAGGCCUUAUGAUACAGCGCGCACGUGCUAACCAUUCAGCCACCGCCCACCCCCACCCCAUGUAAGAAGGCCCUAAAAU